ACUGGGAAGCACUAUGGUGAAGGUCAAUAUAUUCGGGACGGGGUUCACCCUGCAAGCUGCCAUCUGGGCAGCGUGUGGAAUGGCUUUCAUUCUCUUCGGAUACGACCAAGGGGUCUUCUCGGGAAUUGUUGAAAAUGAAGACUUCCUUGAUACCAUGAAUCACCCGGGAGACAGCCUGAUGGGCAUCAUUGUGUCUAUAUACAACCUGGGAUGCUUUACCGGUUGCAUUUUAAAUUUCGUGAUAGGCGAUUGGAUAGGACGGAGACGAGCAAUGUGGCUCGCCAUGGUGUGGGUGAUUAUCGGUGCCACUUUGCAAACAUCCGCCUUCUCCGUUCCGCAUCUUAUGGUGGGCCGCUUCGUUACGGGAAUUGGCACCGGUAUUGAAACGUCUACUGUGCCUAUGUAUCAGGCAGAGCUCUGCGAGGCUUCGAAGCGUGGAAAACUCGUUUGUAGUGAGCCUUUACUGGUCGGUGUGGGUAUUGUGAUCAGUUACUUUUUCGACUACGGGAUGAGCUUUGUCGGGGGACAAAUUGCUUGGAGAUUACCAAUCGCCUGCCAGAUGAUCUUUGGUUUCGUCGUCAUUAUUCUUGUCUUCGGCCUUCCCGAGUCUCCUAGGUAUUGCUACAAGGAAGGCCGCCAUGAUGAAGCGUUGCAAAUCCUGAGUGAUGUGUACGGCCGGCCAAAAGAUGAUGAAAGGAUUCUAGCCGAACAGUUGGAGAUCCUCGAGGCUAUCGCUAUUGAGACCAAGCAUGGAGAGUACAAGUGGAGAAAUAUCCUCAAGCGCGACGACGUCUGUACAGGCCAAAGAGUUCUCCUCGGCUAUGGAAUGCAGUUCAUGAACCAGGUCGGCGGUAUCAACCUUAUCGUAUACUUCAUCCCCACGGUUCUCAAAAAUAAUGUCGGGCUUAGCAGGAACCUCUCCAUGAUUAUUGGAGGCUGUGUUCAGAUCAUGUUUGUUAUUGGUAGUUUGUUCCCUACCUUCUUCGUUGAUAGAGUAGGCCGUAGGACGCCCAUGAUCUGGGGUUCGUUCGGCCUCGGUGUUUGCAUGAUGAUGGUUUCGAUCCUUCUCAGUUUCAAGGGCAAGGAAAACGAACAUGCUACCUCUUCCGCGUCAGUUGCGUUCUUCUUCAUCUACAUGCUUAUCUUUGGGGCAUCGGUUAACUGCAUUCCUUGGGUCUAUGUUCCGGAGAUUUUGCCCCUUCAUGCUAGGGCCAAGGGAACCGCUGUUGGGAUUUCUUCGAAUUGGAUCUGGAACUUCUUCGUCGUCAUGAUCACCCCAGUGAUUAUCAAUCGUCUUCAGUGGAAGGCAUAUCUUAUUUUCAUGUGCACCAAUUUCGCCUUUGUUCCCCUUGUAUACUUCUGCUACCCUGAAACUGCUAACUUCACUCUCGAGGAGAUCGACUAUCUCUUCACGAAUCUGGACGAAGGCGCUGUACGGCUAUCGAAGGAGCUCCAGAAGGAGAGAAAAAGGCAUGGACAUAGUCGCAGCCUUGUCACAGAUACUGGUGCUUUGAGACGCAUGAGCGUGCCGACUGAUGAAGGCUCAGAAAAACAUCAUGGUGUUGAUGAACAUGUUGAGAAAGCUUAG